AUUAAUAAAGAAAUACUCGAUAAACGAUUGAAGGAACUUAUUAAGAUAGGAUUCGUUUUAGAUAACAAAACGGUUUUGGAUAUUUUCAAAAUUUAUAAACAUAGAUUAGGUGAAGUCGGUGAUCUUUUUAUAAAUUCCUUUAUUGAAAUAUCAAACAUGGAAAAAGAAAAAUUUAUCUCAAAUCUUUUAAUUGAAUCUAUGGGAAUGGAAGAAAAUGAUCAGAAAAUAUUUGAUUUCAUUUCUAAAUAUCUUCACAAAUCGCUUUUGAUAAAUAUUAAUUUUAAUAUGGUUUAG